UUUUCCAUCUCCAUUAACUGAGGUGUUUGGUGCCUGAAAGAGAAUAGAGAAUACAUAUGGAAAAGAAGACGAAGAGCAAGAUCCUGGUUGUAGGGGGAAGUGGGUACCUGGGCAAAAGGAUUGUGAAGGCAAGCUUAGCCCAGGGCCAUCCUACCUACGUCCUUCAACGACCAGAGAUGGGUCUUGACAUCGACAAGCUCCAGAUGCUUCUGAGUUUCAAGCAGCAAGGGGCGCAUCUCAUCCCUGGUUCCUUCUCUGAUCAUCAAAGCAUUGUGGAUGCUGUGAAACAAGUUGACGUCGUAAUUUCCACCAUGUCUGGUGUGCAUUUCAGGAGCCACAAUCUUCUCCUCCAGCUUAAGCUUGUUGAUGCCAUCAAACAAGCCGGAAACGUUAAGCGGUUUUUGCCAUCAGAGUUUGGCAUAGAUCCAGCACGGAUGGGACAUGCACUAGAACCAGGAAGAGUGACAUUCGACGAGAAGAUGACAGUGAGAAAGGCAAUUGAGAAUGCCGGAAUUCCCUUCACCUAUGUCUCUUCCAACUGCUUUGCUGGUUAUUUUGUGGGGAGUUUAUCACAGCUCGGAACACUCAUUCCUCCUGUGGAAAGCAUUCGUUUAUAUGGAGAUGGCAAUGUAAAAGCAAUUUAUGUAAAUGAAGAUGACAUUGCAACAUACACCAUUAAAGCUGUAGACGACCCGCGUACACUGAACAAGACGAUCUACAUUAGGCCACCAGAAAACAUCCUCUCACAGAAAGAGUUGGUUGGAGUUUGGGAGAAACUAAUUGGCAAAGAAUUAAGAAAAUCCAGCAUAUCUGCAGAAGAUUUUCUGGCUUCCAUGAAAGAUUUAGACUAUGCAAAUCAAGUGGGAGUGGGGCAUUUCUAUCACAUCUUCUACGAGGGUUGCUUAACAAACUUUGAUAUAGGAGAAGAAGAAGAAGCUUCAAAGCUGUAUCCGGAGGUCAACUACACCAGAGUGCAUGAAUACCUGAAACGCUAUCUGUAGAAAACAUGACAGAAACAAGAAAACAGCUACAAUGUUUGCUACGGGAUUGGAAAUAAUAAUUUUCAUUCUGCCUUUUUUUUUCUUUGUUCAUUUGUCCUGUUUUUAUCCAUGUUUGAUCCUUCUAGACAUGUAUUCUAAUCAUCAGACAAAACAACAUUUGGCACUAGUAGUUACAAAAGUGUGUGAGAAUGAUUGGUUUCUUCACACUUUCUAGUAGCUUAUCAACCAUCAUCUUCUUCAA